AAGAGCGGAUUUCUCCAUCAAAAUGGCAAAAUUAUAGCAAACGACCGAAACCUGCUACGUUGGCGCUGGAGGCGAAAAAAUGAUCAUUCUGAUGAUCGUAUAUUUCAUCACGCUACCGGUUCUCACUUCCAAACCAGUCAUGGGUGAUGCGACAGUAGAAGAAAAAACACCCCAGCAAUAUAUUAGUUCUAGAGUAGUCAGAACUAAAUACGGCGAUAUUCGAGGCUUUAUUGUCACUCCCGAAUCGAGAUAUCUGGAACCGGUUGAAGUAUUCCGAGGUGUACCUUAUGCGUCUCCUCCCGUGGGAUCCCUUAGGUUUAUGCCUCCGGUAUCAGGCGCUCAAUGGUCCGGAGUGAAGAUAGCUGAGGAAUUCGGUCCAGUCUGCCCACAAGUUCUUCCGGAUAUAAGGAAUGAGACCGUCGUGCUCAAGAGGAUAUCAAAAGGGAGAUUGGAGUAUUUAAAGAGGAUAUUGCCGUUUUUAACGAACCAGUCUGAAGAUUGCUUGUAUUUGAACAUUUAUGCCCCAGCUCAAGCAGGUGUACGAGAUGCUGUAGCCCGAUAUCCAGUGUUGGUCUUCGUCCACGGGGAGAGUUACGAGUGGAGUUCUGGAAACCCCUACGAUGGGACGGUACUAGCUUCUCACGCGGGACUAGUUGUGGUCACAAUUAACUACAGACUUGGGAUUUUGGGAUUCCUCAACCCUAGAUCCGAUGACUACCCUCGGUCGCCAGCCAACUAUGGUCUCAUGGACCAAAUUGCCGCCUUGCACUGGAUCAAGGAAAACGUGGCGGUUUUUGGUGGAGAUCCUACUAACGUCACUCUAAUGGGACACGGUACCGGGGCUGCCUGCGUCCAUUUCCUGCUCACUUCUUUAGCUGUGCCUGAAGGCGAGUUUCAUGAAUUUUUUAAUGAUUUUAACUUUAAGAUUCCGGGGCUCGGAAUACUGCGGAUAGGGAGGAAUAAAUUCUCAUAG